AUGGAUGUCGUGGAUGUCGAUGUGUGGGGUGCCCCAGUCCUAGUUCAGGUUGCUAACCUUGUGCUUUUGCUGUUUAGGAUAUACACACUUGAGAAGCAAGUCAACCGUCCCGAUGGUCAAUCCGGUGCAGAUGUCGAGUCCGCUCCGCUGCUGGGCAGUUCUCAGGUGAACAACCCAGAUGGGAUAUUCAAGCGCGCCCUAGACACGGAGUUGGACAAGAUCUGUACCUUCUAUCAGCAGAAGCAGGCUGAAAUCUUUCAAAAUACGGAUGAGCUGAUCCACGAGGCCAUGGGUUAUCUGUCAGAGACCGAUGGGGUCAACAUGGACCCAGUCAGCGAGACUAUUAUCAAGGCCAGGACUUUGAGCUCGAGCUCGCGGCGAGGCACAGGAAGUGUCUUCCGCAAUUAUGGAAAUGGCCAGCGCCGCCGCUCCAGCGUUAUGAGUGAAGACGACGUAGAUAGCGACGAUGAGCAUGCCGCCCCGGCAGCUCUCGGCCUCCGCCAACGGACGUCUACUGAUGGCGAGUCUACGACCGAUGACCCCCACGCGGGCGACAUGGCAGACUCCACGUUCUUUGGCCAGGCAAGUGGUCGCUUACGCCGAGACUCUGAACUUAGUGACCAGGCUUUCCUGGCUCUGUACAAUGCAGGCGUAUCGCUCAAGAAGCGUCUAAUCGAGUCAUAUGUCUCCCUCUGCGAGCUGAGAUCCUUCAUUGAGUUGAACAGGACCGGCUUCUCCAAAGCGCUGAAGAAGUACGACAAGACCUUGUUCCGCAACAUGCGCCGAGACUACCUGGCCACUGUGGUACACCCAGCUGUCCCGUUCACCGAUCUCACCAUGGCUGCUGUGGACAACCACAUCGAAAAGGUCGAGGGCAUGUACGCAGAUAUCGUCACCAAGGGAAACCGUGAGCUUGCUACCCGCGAGUUGCGCCUACACCUGCGUGAGCAUGUGGUCUGGGAGCGAAACACGGUCUGGCGUGAGAUGAUCGAGAUUGAACGCCGUGCCCAAGCUGCCAAUGUAGGUAUCCGUCGAACUCUUCUGGGAGGUGAUGAAGACCCGGCCACUGCUCGACGCCAAGGUGAUAAGCAGGAGAUUCGCACCCAAGAAUUUUCUACUCCCCUAGGUCGGAUUCACUUCCCCUUGUGGCUGUGCAGCUUGAGUUUUGGCACAUUGGUGUUCAGUCUUGCUGUCUUCGGAGCUAUGCUCUCGGUGCCAAUCAUGGAGUCCGUCGAGCAGCAAAACUGUUUAGCGAUGCUCGUGCUAGUCAGCAUCCUGUGGGCAACUGAAGCCAUCCCGCUUUUCGUUACUUCGCUGUUGAUCCCAUUCCUAGUCGUCGUCCUGGGUAUUAUGCGAUCCGAUGAUAAACCUCACAAGCGACUAGGUCCGAAAGAGGCCACCAGCAUGGUCUUUGCAUCAAUGUGGACUCCGGUGAUCAUGCUGCUACUCGGUGGUUUCACCAUUGCCGCAGCGCUCUCCAAAUACGACAUUGCCCGACGUAUGGCCAUGUUCGUCCUCAGCAAGGCCGGGUCGAAGCCAAAGGUUGUCCUGCUCACAAACAUGUUUGUGAGCAUGUUCUUGAGUAUGUGGAUUAGUAACGUUGCUUCUCCUGUGCUCUGCUACUCGAUCAUUCAGCCUUUGCUCCGUAACCUGUCCCCCGAUUCCGAUUUUGCCAAGGCGCUUGUCUUGGGCAUUGCGUUGGCGGCCAAUGUUGGCGGUGCUGCAUCUCCAAUUGCAUCCCCGCAGAACAUCAUCGCUUUGCAGAACAUGUAUCCUAGCAUCAGCUGGGGAACUUGGUUCUUCAUCUCGCUGCCCGUCUGCAUUAUAUCAAUUUUCAUGAUUUGGGGUCUUCUGUUGGUUACCUUCAACCCCGGCCGCAACGCCACUGUGAUCCCCAUUCGCCCUGUCAAGGAUCGCUUCACUGGCAUUCAAUACUUUAUCAGUGCCGUCACUUUGCUGACCAUCGCUCUUUGGUGUGCGAGCCAUCAACUCGAACAUGUCUUUGGCGAUAUGGGUGUGAUUGCAAUCAUCCCGUUGGUCUUGUUCUUUGGAACCGGAAUCCUCAACAAGGAGGAUUUCAACAAUUUCCUGUGGACUAUUAUUAUUCUCGCCGCUGGCGGUCUAUGCCUCGGCAAAGCCGUCACUUCGUCCGGCUUACUGCACACCAUUGCCUCUGGCAUCACUGCCAAGGUCGAGCAUCUCAGCCUUUAUAGUGUGCUUCUCGUCUUCUCGGCAUUGAUCCUCGUCAUGGCUACUUUCAUUUCGCACACUGUUGCCGCCUUGAUUAUACUCCCUCUCGUUCGCCAGAUCGGCGUCGGCAUGGAGAACCCUCACCCCAAUUUGCUUGUCAUGGCCAGCGCCCUGAUGUGCUCUGUCGCUAUGGCCUUGCCCACGAGCGGUUUCCCUAACAUGACUGCGAUCAUGACCGAAGUCCCCCAGACCGGUCAGCGCUACCUCCAGGUCCGCCACUUCCUUACCCGGGGUAUCCCGUCGAGUUUGAUGGCCUUUGUGGUGAUUGUAACCAUCGGCUAUGGACUUAUGUAUAUUGCGGGUCUGUAG